CACACGAGGAAGUAUCAAGAACCAGGAAGAAAAUAUGGUGAAAGUUUAGAAAAAGUUUGUGAAAAGCCUUACAAAGGACGUUUCUUGUUUAAAAUUUCGUAAAAUGGCCACAUAUAACGAAUCCAUCAAACAAAUUUUGUUUGAGGUUCAACUUUUUAUGAAUGAAACUAUAAAAACAGAGAAAUUGAGUGAUAAAGUAAAGAAACAUAAAACUAAGAUAUUAGAAUUGAUUAAUAAGAUACAAGAAGAAUAUAAUGCUUUAAAACCAGAUAUUAGUAAUACAUCUAAUAACUCCCUUAGAGCAGAUGAUGAGUCUAUUUUUACUGGAGGGAGUGGUCAUAGUGGAAAAUAGUGAAGAGGAGGUACCAUAUACUGAAAAUAUUCGAGUCACACCAGCAGCUAGUUUAAACCAACCAUUAAAAUCUGGCUGGUUAGAAAAACGUAGAAAAGGUCUGAUAGGAAAGAUUAGCUACCAAAAAAGAUAUUGUGUUAUACAUUCUGCUGCACUGUAUUAUUAUGAAAAACCCACAGACAAAAAACAAAAUGGAGCAUUUCCUCUCAAUGGAUAUGAAUUUCGAGAGGCACCUCAAUUAGUAAGUGGGGCCAAAAAAGAAUUAUCAUUUGAAUUGGUUGGUCCUGGUAAAAGAACAUAUGAAUUUUUGGCUGAGAAUAAAGAAGAAUUUAAUUCUUGGAGAGAAGCAGUUGAAUCUUGUCAUAAUGAACCCAUAUCUGAAGAGUUAUAUGAAGCUAUUGAAGAUAUUAUCAGACCAGCACCACCACGUGGUCAACCACCAGCAACACCUAUAGUAGAUGAUGGAGAAGAGUAUGAAAUACCCCAGGUGGAACAACAGGAAACAUAUGAAGUAGUGGGUGAAGAUCAACCCCCAAUAUUACCAGCUCCUCGUAAGGUCUCAACUCAGUCAGUGCCAAAAAUGGCACCACCUUCUAUUCCUAAUGUUCCAUUACCUGAACCUCCUGUUCAACCCCAAACUCCAAAAAAGCGUGUUCCAAAACUGAUUGGUAUGACCAACGAUCCUGCUGAAGACUUUGAGAAUAUGUAUUUUGGUAAAUGGGAUUGUUCUACCGAUACAGAUAAUGAGUUAAAGUUUAAUAAGGGUGAUAUUAUACAUAUUAUUAGUAAAGAUUUCGACAGUGAAAAUUGGUGGGUUGGGGAAUAUAAAGGUUCUAUAGGUCUGGUUCCUAAAUCAUACUUGGCUAAAGCUUACGAAUUAAUGCCUUGAAUGUUUUUAUCAUCUGCCUCUAUCAACUGCUAAUCAUGACUUUGUGCUAUUUUUAACUUAAUUUAAGUGCAUUAGUACUGAAAAGUUAUUUUUGAUAAUUCAAAAAUUAUUCCUGCUAAGGAUAUAUUUAAAGUACUAGUCCUACAUAUAUCUAUUGAUUUUUUUAUG